CAUCACGAUGAUCGCCGCUGCCUUCCUGGUCUUGCUGAGACCAUACAGCAUCCAAUGUGCCCUUCUCUUACUCUUCCUUAUGCUGGGGACCAUUGCCACGAUCUCCUUCCUCUGCUGCUGGCAUCGCAAGCUUCAGAAGAGCAGGCACCCCAUGAAGACAGUGUUCAGCUACAGACCGAGGAGCAGAGAUGCCAUCCUGAGAUCUCAUCACUUUCGCUCAGAGGGAUUUAGGCCAAGCCCUCGUCACUUGAGGAGGUACACACGAGCCCGUGUUGAAGAAACCAAGCCUCUAGUAGAAGUACAGCAGAGUGACCAGGAAGUUCCGUUGAGGAAGAGAAAAAUCAAGAGAAGCAGCCGAGUCAACCCAGAGUUUUAUCAGUCUGUCCAAGUGACACCCACCCGCAAACCGAGCUCGGGCACCGGGUCUUAUCGCUGCUCCAUGUCUUCCUCGGCUGACUUUUCUGAUGAUGAAGACUUCAGCCAGAAGUCAGGAUCUGCUUCUCCAGCCCCGGGUGACACUCUGCCAUGGAACCUACCGAGACAUGAGAGGUGUAAGAGGAAGAGCUCGGGGGCUGCAGUGCUGGACCCAGCAGAGAGGGCUGUGCUCAGGAUAGCUGAUGAAAGAGACAAAGUGCAAAAGAAGACAUUUACCAAAUGGAUUAACCAGCACCUAAUGAAGGUACGGAAACAUGUGGGUGACCUAUAUGAAGAUUUACGAGAUGGGCAUAACUUAAUAUCCCUUUUAGAAGUCCUCUCUGGAGAUACCCUGCCACGUGAAAAAGGCAGAAUGCGUUUUCACAGACUACAGAAUGUACAAAUUGCACUUGAUUAUUUGAAAAAACGUCAGGUGAAACUAGUUAAUAUUAGAAAUGAUGAUAUAACAGAUGGGAAUCCCAAAUUGACUUUGGGAUUAAUAUGGACCAUCAUUCUGCACUUUCAGAUUUCUGACAUCCACGUUACUGGAGAGUCAGAAGAUAUGUCAGCCAAAGAAAAACUUCUUCUUUGGACAAAGCAAGCUGCAGAAGGCUAUAGUGGAAUUCGCUGUGAAAAUUUUACCACAUGCUGGCGAAAUGGACGACUCUUUAAUGCCAUCAUUCAUAGAUACAGGCCGGACCUGAUUGACAUGGAUACCGUUGCUGUUCAAAGCAACAUUACAAAUUUAGAAAGUGCUUUUUAUGUAGCAGAAAAACUGGGUGUCACAAGACUUUUGGAUCCUGAAGAUGUAGAUGUUUCUUCCCCUGACGAGAAGUCAGUGAUUACGUAUGUCUCUUCAAUGUAUGAUGUUUUUCCCAAGACACCAGAUGGUGGGGAAGGAAUUAGUGUAAAUGAUGUUGAAGUGAAAUGGAUAGAAUAUCAGAAUAUGGUGAAUUACCUCAUCCAAUGGAUAAGGCACCAUGUAGCAUUGAUGUCUGAGAGGAAUUUUCCCAAUACUGUUGUAGAACUAAAGGCACUUUAUAACCAGUAUUUACAAUUUAAAGAGAAAGACAUCCCACCAAAGGAAAGUGAAAAGGCUAAGAUCAAGCAUCUGUACACAAUGUUAGAACCAUGGAUUGAGUUUGGACGCAUCAAGCUCUGCCAAGGAUACCAUCCAAAUGAUAUAGAAAAAGAAUGGGGAAAGCUCAUCAUCGCCAUGUUUGAAAGAGAGAAAGCAAUAAGGCCUGAAAUAGAGAGGCUAGACAUGCUGCAACAAAUAGCAAGCCGAGUGCAGAGGGAUAGCCUCGGAUGUGAAGACAAGCUGAUUCUAGCUCGCAGUGCUCUCCAAGCUGAUAGUAAAAGGAUGGAAUCGGGCAUACAGUUUCAAAAUGAUGGCGAAAUUGCUGGUUACCUAAUUGAAUGUGAGAAUCUCUUGCGACAGCAGCUUGUUGAUGUCCAGGUCCUUGUGGAUGGAAAGUAUUACCAAGCAGAUCAGCUGGUACAGAGGGUUGCUUCUUUACGGGAUGAACUGCUAUCGUUAAGAAAUGAAUACUCAUCUUUAUACAGCAAAGGAAGGAUGUUUUCAUCUGACCAAACACAACUUAUGAUAUCAGGAAUAUCACAAAGCCUCAACUCAGGAUUUUCACAAAGCUUGAACCCUGCAAUGAACUCUAGUGUAUCCCACAAUAUGGCACCCAUCCUUACUACAAAUUCUCAUGGCUUUAACUCACAGUUAUCUCCUGCUAUGACACCAGGGUUUGCACCAAGUUUUAACCAAGGUUUAAACCAAAACUAUGCAACUGGGAUGAACGCAAAUGCAUUACAGUCACUCAAGCUCAUGCAGGUUAAGAAACCUCUUUUGAAGUCAUCUUUUGCUGACCAAAAUUUGCCUGAAGAAGAAGUCAACCUUAAAUAUGUUCAAGAUCUCUGUAACUGGGUGGAAGAGAUGCAGAUACAACUGGACCGAGGAGAAUGGGGUUCAGAAUUAUCAAGUAUUGAGAUGCACUUAGAAAAUCACAAAAACUUUCAUGGGGGUAUUGAAGAAUUUGAGACCAGUCUUAAAGAGGCAAGAAUGACUGAGCUUCAAAUAACUGGCCCUUUGAAAUCUUCAUACUCUGAUACUGUACACAAAGUCGAGGGCCUUUAUUCCAAACUGCUGAGUUCAUCAAGAAACCGACAUAAGAACCUAGACUGCCUACACAGUUUUGUACAAAGAGCCACACGAGAGCUCAUAUGGCUGAAUGAAAAAGAGGAGGAGGAAGUAGCAUAUGACUGGAGUGAUAGAAACCAAAAUAUAUCUGCUAAAAAAGACUAUCAUGCUGAUUUGAUGAGAGAACUUGAUCAUAAAGAAGAAGUUAUGAAAUCAGUGCAGGACACUGCAGAGCAGAUGCUUCUUCAGAAUCAUCCUGCAAGAGCCACUAUUGAGGCUUACAAAGCUGCCAUGCAGACUCAAUGGAACUGGAUUUUACAGCUCUGUGGCUGUGUAGAACAACACAUACGACAGAACACUGCCUACUUUGAGUAUUUUAGUGAUUCCAAGGAAGCCACUGAUUAUCUGAAAACCUUAAGAGAUGGCAUACUGAGGAAAUAUAGCUGCGACAAAUCGACCAGCGUACACAAGCUAGAAGACUUGGUUCAAGAAUCUAUGGAAGAAAAAGAACAACUUUUGCAGUACAAGAGCACCAUUUCCGGUCUUGUGGGGAGGGCAAAGUCAGUAGUUCAGCUCAAACCUCGAAAUCCCGAAAAUCCACUAAAAUCUUCAAUUCCUAUUAGAUCUAUUUGCGACUAUAGGCAAAUUGAGAUUACUAUUUACAAAGAUGAUGAAUGUGUACUGGGCAGCAAUUCACAUCGGGCAAAGUGGAAAGUCAUCAGUCCAACUGGCAAUGAAGCGAUGGUCCCUUCUGUGUGUUUUACAGUGCCAGCACCAAACAAAGAGGCUAUAGAUGCUUCAAACAGGAUUGAACAAAUGUUUCAGAGUGUCCUAUCCUUGUGGCAUGAAUCUCACAUAAACAUGAAGAGCAUGGUAUCUUGGCAUUUCCUGAUGAGUGAAAUUGAGGCUAUCCGGGCCAGCAAGGUUUCCUCGAUUAAAACUUUGCUGCCUGGAGAACAUCAGCAGGUACUGGGCAAUCUGAAAACUCGCUUUGAUGAAUUCCUGGAAGACAGCCAGGAGUCGAAGAUGUUCUCCGUCUCUGACAUAGCCCAGCUAGAGAGGGAGGUGAACGUCUGCAAAUUUUACUAUGAAGAGCUGCUAAAAUCUGCAGAAAGAGAGGAGCAAGAAGAAUCUAUAUACAACCUUUACACUUCUGAGAUUCGAAACUUCCGACUUAGACUGGAGAGCAUUGAAGAGCGUCUCAUUCGUCAAAUCAGAACUCCAUUGGAGAGGGAUGAUCUUCAUGAAAGUGCACUGAGGAUUUCUGACCAAGAGAAAGUGAGGAAGGAGUUGGACCAUCUGAAAGUAGAUUUGUCAGCAAUUUCAGAUAAAUGUGAGGAGUUCUUUAGUCAAGCUGCUGCCUCUCCAUCCAUCGAAGCUUUACAAGUAGAGCUGAAUAAAGUCAUCCAGUCUAUGAACAUGGUGUAUUCCAUGUCUUCCAUCUAUCUGGAAAAAUUAAAGACAAUAAAUCUGGUGCUAAAGAACACACAAGGAGCUGAGACUUUAGUGAAGACAUAUGAGAGCAAACUGUGUGAAGAGGAUGUGAUUACAGCUGAUAAAGGUGCAAUUGAUAGACUGAAUGCCACCCUAAAGCAAUGGAGGUCAGAGGUUGAUGAGAAAAGAGAGGUGUUUCAUGCGUUAGAAGAUGAACUACAGAAAGCCAAAGCCAUCAGUGAUCAAAUGUUUAAAGUACACAAAGAACGGGAUCUCGACUUCGACUGGCACAAAGAAAAGGCAGACCAAAUUGCAGAGCGGUGGCAGAGUGUACACUCACAGAUUGAAAACAGGUUGAGAGACUUAGAUGGAAUUAGCAAAUCACUGAAAUACUAUAAAGAAUCAUACUUGACUCUCGACUCCUGGAUUAGGCAAAUAGAGGAAACACAAAGUAAACUGCAAGACAGCAUGCUUGAUAGCAAGGCACUUUCUAAACAACUAGAUCAGCAGAAGAUGCUGAUUUCAGAAAUUGAGGGGAAGCACAGCAAGCUGGAUGAAUGUCAGAAAUAUUCGGAGCAGUAUUCUUUGGCUAUUAAGGAUUAUGAACUACAGUUAAUGACAUACCGAGCACUAGUGGAUUCCCACCAAAAGUCUCCAAUGAAACGUAGAAGAUUUCAGAGCUCUUCAGAUGUUGUUGUACAGGAGUACAUGGAUUUAAGGACCCGUUUUACUGCUUUGAUGACUUUAAUUAGCCAGUUUAUAAAAUUUUCUGGAGAAACCUUGAAGAGGCUCGAAGAAGAAGAGAAGUUACUGGAAGAGGAAAAGAAAGAGCACGUAAAGAAGGCAGGGGCUAUACUGAAUUGGGUUUCCAAAGUCAAUAAAACGAUAAGUAAAGGAGGAGGAAGUCAAGACACUGCAGAAAAGAUGCUAUUUUCUGAUCCACAGAUUUCUUCUGAAGCAAUUCUUACUAAGCAAGAAGAAGCGGCAGAUGCUGUACAAACAUUGCAGUUACUUUUAGCCAAGCACGGUGACAGAAUGACAGAAGAAGAAAGAUCAGAGAUUGAAACACAAAUCAAAGCACUGCAGGAAAGCCAGAGUGUGCUGUCUAGAGAGUAUGAAAGACGGCAACAAGAAGCAAAGAAUUUGGUAGAGAAACUGGUGGAGCAGAAGGAUGCUGAGGUUCAGCUGCAGGAACACAAGGGAAAGCUGCAGGAAAUUUGCCACUUGCUCACACAGACAGAGAACAAACUGAUUGGACAACAAGAUAAGCUGAUUGCAAGGGAUCCUUCGGCUGAUCUUCAGCACUGUCAGAGUGAAUAUGAGGAGCUACAAAAAGAUAUGCAGGCUGGUGCCAGCGAGUUGGCAGAAAUUGUGAAGAAUACAGAGAAAUUCCUUCAGGAACAUGGAGAUAAACUUUCCUCUGAAGAGAGAGCCAUCAUUGAGCAAAAGCUCAAGGAAGCAAAAGCUAAGUUUGAAGUUCUCCAGAAGAAGGCAGAAGAAUCUAAGAAGGAACUGGAAAAGGCAGUCACAACAGCCAUUAAGAAAGAAACCGAAAAGUCUGCUGCUGUUGAACAACUGGAAGAAAGCAGAAACAAGAUAGAGAGCUUACUGAGUUGGCUAUCGGAAGUGGAUGAAAAAGGAGAGAAUGGAAACUUGGUUAAGAAACCCACAAUCCAGCAAAAUGGAACACAUCACAAAGACAGUGAACUACAGUCUAUACUGGAUGGUGUGGAAGAGGUCAAUGGUAACAUAAUAGAGUCUGAUGGGAAAAUGAAUGUCAAGUUAAAGGACUUAUCCAAGGAAGAUGACCUAAGCAGCCAGUAUCAAAAAGUGAAGGCCCAGCAUGAAAAGCUUGUGUCUCAACAUCAGGCCAUUAUAAUAGCCACACAGUCAGCACAAGCUCUCCUGGAGAAACAAGGUCGUCACCUCACCCCAGAAGAAAAGGAAAAGCUUCAGGGAGACAUAGAAGCAUUGAGAGCUCAAUAUGAGUCAGCUUUGAGUGAUUCUGAAAGGAAAAUGAAGGUGAUCCAGACAGUGCAAGAAGAAUUGGAGAAGUUCACUAAAGAUUAUAAUGAAUUUGAGAAUUGGCUUCAGGAUUCAAAACAUGAACUGGAACAUCUGGAGACUGGGGCGGAGAACGUUGCUGGUGUUGUGGACAAGUUGCAGAAGCAAAAAAUCUUUUCAGAAGAUGUGAUCUCUCACAAAGGGGACUUGCGUUACAUCACUAUAUCUGGACACAGAGUACUAGAUGCAGCAAAGUCUUGCAACAAAGAUGAUGUUGUGGAAGAUAAUAAUAAUGUCAGCACCCUGGAAACAUGUAAGAUGGUUCAGAGCAAAGUAGAUUUGGCUUCAGAAAACUUCAAGUCAUUACAUACUAAGUGCAAUAUCCUGGGGAAUAACUUGAAGGACUUAGUGGACAAGUAUGAACAUUAUAAGGAAGCAUCGCAAGGGUUACUGGCAGGUCUUCAGAGUUCAGAAUCCACUGUGGAAAAACGCCUGUCUGAACCUAUUGCGGCUGACAGCAGGAACUUGCAGAGGCAGAUAGAAGAAACAAAGUUGCUCUGUGAGCAGGUAUCUGUCCACCAAGUUGGGGUGGAGAAACUAAAGAAGGCAGCGGAAGGUCUCCUUGAUGCCAAAGGCGGGCUCCUGCUAAGUAAAGAUGAAAUCCAAAAGCCACUUGAUGACAUUGUGGGAAAAUACAAUCAUUUAUCCCAGUCUGUGAACGAUUGGAAUGAGAAACUCCAGAUAACUCUUACUCGCUCGCUCAGUGUUCAAGAUGGACUGGAUGAAAUGUUUGAUUGGAUGCAAGGGGUAGAAAGGGACCUUAAAGAGCAGCAACACGUGCCAUUAAAUUCCUUCUCUAUUCAGGAAAUUAUUGCAAAAAAUAAUAUGCUUGAACAAGACAUCACAAGUCGUCAGAGCAGCAUUAAUGCAAUGAAUGAGAAAGUGAAAAAAUUUAUGGAGACAGCAGAUUCCCCCACUGCAUCUUCUCUGCAAGGAAAAAUGAACGAACUGUGUGAACGUUUUUCAAAGGCUGGGGAACUUACCAGAGCACGCCUAGAGAAAAUGGAAGACUUAAGGAACCAGGUGGAACAGUUUGAGGACCUCUCUGAAAAAAUGCAUUCAUUCUUGGAAAAAAAAUCAAAGGCGCUGAUGGAGGCAGAUGGACCUGGAAAGGAUGUGACAGAGCUCUCUCAGUACAUGCAGGAAACAACCAAUGAGCUGCAGGAGCACAGGAAGAGCCUGGAAGAGUUACACAGACUGGUAGAAGAAUUGUGUGUACAUGCUCUCCCUGGAGACAAGGCCCAGGUUUUGGAAAAAAUGAACUCCUUGUCAAAAAUGUUUCAGGAUCUUGAAGAGACUGUUAGGGCUAAGGAAGAGGAUGUAUCAUCCUGUCAAAGUCAAAUGAACUCUUUCCAGUCUUUGGUCCAAUCUUUGAAACACUGGUUCACAACAGUAAAUGGUAAAAUUCCUCUGGCAGCACUGACACUGUGCUUGAAAGAUCUGUCUGAACACUUAAAAGAAACAAAGGGUUUGCAGGUAGAGUGGACACAGAAGUCACCGGAAGUACAAAAAGUAAACAGCAAAGGAACAGCAUUGUGCAGCUUGAUUGCUGCAGUGACCUCACCUGCAAAGACCAGAUCGACUGCCAAAUCAGGUAGGGGCCUCGUUAAUGGAUCCACUUCAUCUGCUGCAAAAGAACAUUUAACAAAUAAAGAAUUGACUGUAGUGCAGAAGGGAAUGACAGAUGUUAAUGAAGGCUAUGAACAUUUGGGCAAAUUGCUAAAAGAUAAAAUCAGUGAACUGGAAGCUCGCCUCUCUCUGCUGCAGCAAAUUCAGGAUGAAACCAACUCAUUGACACAGUGGCUUGAGAAAAUGCACACAACUGCUACAUCAUGGGAAUCACCUACAGAUAUCGAAUCAGUCCGAACUCAUGUCGAGCAGCAUAAGGUGUUUGCAGCAGAAGUAAAACAGAAUGAAAGCAAAGUGGAAGCCUUAAAAAGCAAGCUGAAAAGUUUCAUAGAGAACAAUUUGGAUGCACCAGAGAUUCAACACUGGGAGGACAUCUCAAAUAAAAUAGAAUCCUCCUGGACAGAGAUCACCCAGAUGACAGCUGAAAGACAGCAAACCUUAGAAGAAGCAUCAAAUGACCUGGCCCAGUUCCAGGCAACCGAGGCCCAGUUAAAGCAAUGGCUUGUAGAGAAAGAACUCAUGGCAAGUGUGCUUGGGCCACUUUCAAUAGAUCCUAAUAUGCUGAAAACUCAGAAACGGCAAGUUCAGAUGCUCCUGAAAGAAUUUGAUGCUCGAAAACAGCAGUAUGAACAACUUAACAGCACAGGGCAGAGAAUCCUAAGCCGACCAGGAGAGCUUCCACCCUGUGAUGAAGCUGUGAAGGAGCAGUUGGCAGCUGUGGCAUGUAAAUGGGAGAGCCUGAGUAGACAAUUGAAUGACAGAUGUGACAGAAUUGACCAAGCUAUUGUGAAGAGCAGUGACUACCAAAGCCUUCUGAAUGGCCUUUCUGUGAAACUAAGUGCCUUGAAUAACCAACUGAGCAGUGAUAUGGCAGUAAGCUCUCAUUCGGAUGCUGUAAAACAAAAGAUGGACAAUGCAAAGCAGGUACAGGAAGAAAUAAACCGGGAGAUGGCCAACAUUGAUAUCGCCAAAGCUCUUUGUGACGAGCUGUCGCAUCUGGUGGUGGAGGAGUACUUGAAGGCAGAACUGAAAAGACAAAUGGACACAAUUGUUAAGCCGUUCAUGGACUUAAAAGAAAAAGCAGGUUUUCAAGUUCAGCAGCUACAAUCUGCAUUUGCCAGCUCUCAAAAAUUCUAUCAGAUGUCUGAAGAUUUCCAGGCUUGGAUGGAGACUCAGAAAAAAAUGCAAAAUGAGGCCACACCUAUUUCAGCCAAGCUUGAGGUUUUGGAAUCAUUAAUCACAGAGACAAAACAAGCACAGAAUGCAUUGAAUGCCCAACAUAGUGCCUAUGAAAAGAUUAUAACAGAGGGUGAUAACCUUUUACAAAAAACAGAAGGAGAAGAAAAGGCAAAACUUCAGUCUCACCUCUCUUUGCUUAAGCCUAGUUGGGAAGACAUUAAUAAGAAAGUAUCAGAAAGGGAGAACAAUUUAAUAGAUUGUCAACAAAAAGCCAUUAAAUACAGAGACACGGUGGAUAACAUACAGCCUUGGAUCAAGGAAUAUCAAAAUAAAGUAUUUUCAGUUAAAGUUUCCACAGACUUAGCAGAGAUAGAAAACUCAAUUGGAGAUGUAAAAGCUCUACAAAAGAGUGUUGACAAGCAGCGUGGAAUGGUGGAAAUGUUAAACAGUGCAGCAAAUAGUUUACUAAGCUCCUGUGAGACAGAUACAGACAUAAUUACAGAAGAGUGUGCCAUGUUGAAUGACAAGGUGGAAUCGCUUAUUGAUAGUUUACAUAAUAAAAGAGACUCACUUGAAAACAUGGCACUGCGGCUCAAAGACUUCCAAGAAUCUGUUAAAGAAGCUGAAAAGCAACUGACUGUGGCUCAGGAGCAUAUAGAAGUACAUGAAACUCUUGGGACACAAGCAUGUAGUAACAAACAUCUAACAAUAAUGCAAACCCAACAAAAAGUCCUUCAAAGUCUACAGCCACAGAUCCAGCGCUCUGUAAAAUUGGCCCAAGAGAUUGUGGUAGAUGCCCUAGAUUCAGAAGGUGUGUCAGAUGUUCUCCUCCAAGCUGAAUCCCUUCAGCAAAAACAUAACACUAUUAGCCAACAAGUCGAUGAAAAAUGUUCCUUCUUAGAAGCCAAGUUACAAGGAAUUGGACAUUUCCAAAAUAGUAUUCGAGAGAUGUUUUCUCAGUUUGCAGAGUUGGAUGAUGAGCUUGACAGUAUGUCACCAAUUGGAAGGGAUAUGGAUACACUACAAGCCCAGAAAAGCAACAUUAGCAGAUUCCUGCAGAAACUUGAAGAUCUUAUAACAACUAAUGACAAUGCUAACAAGACCUGCAAGAUGAUGUUGACCUCUGAAACCUCACCUGAUCUUGUUGGUAUUAAAAGGGACCUUGAAGCCUUGAGAAAACAGUGCAGCAAGUUACUGGACAGAGCAAAAUUUAGAGAAGAAAACAUUGAUGGGACUGUUACCAGAAUGAACGACUUUUACAAAACAUUAAAAGAAUUUGUUGACGAGCUUGGAAAAGUAGAAGACCAUGAAGAAUCGCAAGGUCCUGUUGGAAUGGAAACUGAUGUCAUCAAUCACCAAUUAUCCAUUUUUACGGCUUUCCAGAAGGAAGAAAUUGAACCUAUUCAAACUCGACUACAAGAGGUGAACUGGCUAGGUCAGGGGCUUGUUCAAAGUGCUGCUAAAAACACCAGCACCCAGAAUUUAGAAAAUGAUCUGGAGGAAGUAAACACAAGGUGGAAUACGCUGAACAAAAAGGUUGUUCAACGUGCAGCUCAAUUACAAGAAGCCCUUCUCCAAUGUGGACGGUUUCAAGAUGCACUUGAGUCUAUACUGAGCUGGCUUGCAGACACAGAGGACCUUGUGACCAAUCAGAAGUUACCAUCUGCUGAAUUCAAAGUGGUGAAAGCUCAGAUUCAGGAACAAAAGCUGCUGCAAAGAUUACUUGAUGACCGCAAGCCAACCAUUGAUGUUAUCAAACGAGAGGGGGGAAAGAUUGCUGCUACUGCUGACCAGGCAGAUAAAGACAAGAUCUUAAAACAGCUCAGUACCCUCGAGCGUCGGUGGGAUGAGUUGUUGAAGAAAGCUGAACUACGGAAUCGUCAGCUGGAAGGUAUAUUGAUUGUAGCAGAACAGUUCAAUGACACCUUGGAACCUCUAUCUGAGUGGCUCAGUAGCACAGAAAAGAAGCUUGUCAAUGCAGAACCCAUUGGUACACAGACACCUAAACUCCUGGAGCAGAUUUCUCAGCACAAAGCACUGCAAGAAGACAUUACAGCUCACAAUUCACUAUUGCACCAAUCUCUGAGCAUUGGCAAGUCUUUAAAGGCCCUUAGCUCCAGAGAAGAGAAGGAGAUGGUUCAGGAGAAGUUAGAUAUCUCCCAGACGCGGUACAUGGAGAUCCAGGAGAGAAGUAGCAGGAGAAGUGACCUUCUACAGCAGGCACACUGCAAUGCUCAGAUAUUUGGGGAUGAUGAAGUUGAGCUGAUGAACUGGCUGACUGAAGUACUUGACAAGCUGAGCAAACUAUCAGUCCAAGAUUACACUACAGAUGUACUCACAAGACAGCACACUGAAUUGCUGCUCCUUCAGGAAGAUAUUGUGCUCAGGAAGCAAAAUGUGGACCAGGCUAUACAGAAUGGAUUGGAACUGCUUAAACAGACAACUGGUGAUGAAGUUGUCAUUAUACAGGAAAAGCUUGAUGGAAUCAAAUCAAGAUAUUCAGAAAUCGCAAACCUGAGUUCCAACGUUUCAAAAGUCUUAGAACAGGCAUUAACUCUUGCAACACAGUUCCAUUCAACACAUGAGGAGCUGAGCCAGUGGCUGGACAAAGUGGAGAUAGAACUGAAGAACUAUGAUUUGCAGAGCGAUAAACCAGAGGAACUGAACACCAUUCAACAAAGAAAGAAGGAACUUCAGUCUGAAGCCAAAACAAACAAGGCAGUGCUGGACUCCCUGAAUGAGGUUAGCAGCGCUUUGUUAGAACUAGUGCCUUGGAGAGUCAGAGGAGGCCUUGACAGGAUGGUGACAGAAGACAAUGAGCGCUACAGAUUAGUAAACGACACCCUCACACAAAUGGUUGAAGAGAUAGAUGCUGCCAGAUUGAGAUCUCAGCAGUUUGAACAAGCUGUUGGUGCAGAGAAAACAUGGAUUGAGGAAACUAAAAAGAAAAUAAUGGCUCUUGGUCACAUUCGGCUUGAGCAAGACCAGACCACGGCUCAGCUACAAGUUCAAAAGGGCUUUACGAUGGAAAUAUUAAGGCACAAAGAUGUAAUAGAUGAACUGGUCACUUCAGGGGAUGAAAUAUUGAGUUCAUUCAGCGAUGAGGACAAACAAACCAUGGCGAACAAGGUCAGACGGCUGCAGAAGAGUUAUGAGGACAUCUGUCAUUUGAAUGCUGACAGGAACCUGCAGCUGGAAAGAGCUGUAUCUUUAGUGAACCAGUUUUGGGAGACUUACGAAGAGCUGUGGCCUUGGCUGAUGGAGACCGAGACAGCCAUCUCUGAACUGCCAACACCAGGUUUAAAUUAUGACACACUGAAACAACAGCAAGAAGAUAUCCGGCAACUCCGUGAGCUGAUUGCAGAACACAAACCUCAUAUAGAUAAGAUGAACAAAACUGGUCCCCAGUUGCUGGAACUCAGUCCUGAAGAAGGCUUCUUUAUCCAGGAGAAAUAUGUUACAGCUGACUCUCUCUACAGUGACAUCAAGGAAGUUGUCAAGAAACGAGCUAUUGACUUGGAUGAAGCUUUUUCUCAGUCAUCACAGUUUCAUGACAAGAUUGAUCCAAUGCUCGAAAGUUUGCAGCGAAUAGCUGAGCGCUUGAGACAGCCGCCUUCAAUCUCUGCAGAGUGUGAGAAGAUUAGAGAACAGAUAAGCGAGAAUAAAAAUGUUUCUGUGGAGCUUGAAAAGCUGCAGCCUGUCUAUGAGGCCCUUAGGAUGCGUGGAGAGGAAAUGAUCGCUCGUUCGGAGGGUGCUGAUAAGGACAUCUCAGCUAAAGCUGUCCAAGAUAAGCUUGACCAAAUGGUCUUUAUCUGGGAGGACAUCCAGGCCUUGACAGAGGAAAGAGAGGCCCAGUUGCUGGAUGUGUUGGAGUUGGCAGAAAAGUUCUGGUGUGAUCACAUUGCUCUGUUAGCUACCAUUAAAGAUACCCAAGAAUUUAUCCGAGAUCUUGAUGAACCUGGAGUUGACCCUUCAGUUGUAAAACAGCAACAGGAGGCAGCGGAGUCUAUAAAAGAAGAAAUUGAUGGCCUGCAAGAAGAGCUGGACCUUGUGUUUUCUCUUGGGUCAGAGUUAAUAUCUGGAUGUGGAGAACCUGACAAGCCUGUCGUGAAUAAGAGUAUUGAUGAGCUGAAUUCUGCAUGGGAUAUGCUAAAUAAAACUUGGAAAGAGCGAGUAGAGAAACUAAACGAGGCAAUGCAGGCUGCUGUAAAAUACCAGGAUGGGCUGCAGGCACUCUUUGACUGGGUGGAUAUUGCUACAGGAAGAAUGUCUACAAUGUCACCUAUUGGAACAGACCUAGACACAGUGAAACAGCAAACAGCUGAGCUUAAGCAAUUUAAGACAGAGGCAUACCAACAACAAAUAGAAAUGGAAAGGCUGAAUCACCAGAAAGAGUUAUUGCAGAAGAAAGUGACAGAUGAGAAUGAUAAGCAAGCUGUUGAAGACUCCUUCAAGGAACUGAAAUACGUUUGGCAGACCCUAGAGGAUAAAAUUAUCAACAGACAGCACAAGCUAGAAGCUGCCCUCUUAGCUCUGGGUCCAUUCCAGCAUGCACUAGAUGAAUUGCUUACAUGGAUGACUCACACAGAGGGACUUCUCAAUGAACAGAAACCCAUUGGUGGAGAUCCGAAGACUAUUGAGAUUGAACUUGCCAAACAUCAUGUACUACAAAAUGAUGUUCUAGCACACCAGUCUAGUGUAAAAACGGUCCAGAAAGCAGGAAACGACCUGAUAGAGUCCAGUGCUGGAGAAGAGGCCCGCAGUCUGCACAGCAGGUUAGAGGCGCUAAGUCACCGUUGGCAAAAUGUCUUGGAUAAAACAGCGCAGAGGAGAAAGCAGCUUGACAAUGCACUUUUUCAGGCUCAGGGUUUCCACAGUGAGAUUGAAGAAAUGCAUCAAUGGCUGACAGAGACUGAACGUCACUUACUGGCUUCCAAACCUGUUGGAGGAUUACCAGAAACAGCGAGAGAGCAACUCAACACUCAUCUGGAACUAUGUGGUGCAUUUGAAGCAAAUGAAAAAGUCUACAAAAGCAUCAUGCUUAAAAGCCAGCAAAUGUUGCAAAAAAGUGCAGAUGACCCUGAAGCAAAUAUGGAUCAAGACAUAAACAACUUAAAAGAGAAAUGGGAAUCAGUAGAAACAAAAGUCAGUGAGCAAAAAACAAAACUUGAGGAAGCACUAAAUGUGGCAACAGGAUUUCACAAUUCUCUUCAAGACUUUAUUAACUGGCUAACUCAAGCAGAGCAGACGCUAACUAUGGCUUCUCCAGCAAGUCUUGUUUUGGAUACAGUAUUAUUUCAGAUUGAUGAACAUAAGGUGUUUGUUACCGAAGUUAAUUCGCACAAAGAUCAGAUCAUGGAGUUGGAUAAAACUGGAACCCAUUUAAAAUAUUUCAGCCAAAAAGAGGAUGUAGUAAUAAUCAAGAAUUUACUGAUCAGUGUACAAAGCAGAUGGGAAAACAUUGUCCAACGCUCACUAGAAAGAGGACGAGCAUUAGAUGAUGCCCGAAAAAGAUCCAAGCAGUUCCAGGAAGCCUUUAACAAACUUAUGGAAUGGCUGGAAGAAUCAGAAAAUUCCUUAGAUUCAGAACUUGAGAUUGCAAAUGACCCAGACAAAAUCAAGACUCAACUGGUAGCACAUAAGGAAUUUCAGAAAACCCUGGGUGCCAAACAUUCUGUCUACGAUUCCACCGCUAGGAGUGGGCGCUCCUUGAAAGAGAAAGCAACGCUGAAUGAUGACAUUCAUAAACUCGAUGACAUGCUCAGCGAGAUAAGAGACAAAUGGGACACAGUCUGUGGGAAAUCAGUGGAGAGACAAAACAAGCUGGAGGAAGCACUGCUGUUCUCUGGCCAGUUUACAGAUGCUUUGCAGGCUCUUAUUGACUGGCUGUACAGAGUGGAACCACAGUUGGCUGAAGAUCAACCAGUACAUGGAGAUAUUGACAUAGUGAUGAAUCUCUUUGACAACCACAAAGUUUUUCAAAAAGAGCUGGGAAAGAGAAGCAGCAGUAUCCAGGCCCUCAAGCGUUCGUCCAGAGAGUUAAUUGAAGGAAGUCGUGAUGACUCGUCUUGGGUGAAAGCCCAAAUGCAGGAAUUAGGCACCCGCUGGGAAACUGUGUGCACUUUAUCUGUAUCCAAACAGACCCGACUGGAAGACGCACUGCGCCAGGCAGAGGAGUUUCACUCGGCUGUGCAUGUCUUGUUGGAGUGGCUGGCUGAGGCAGAGCAGACCCUGAGAUUUCACGGGGUCCUCCCCGAUGAUGAAGAGUCUCUAAAGACACUAAUUGAACAGCACAAGGAAUUCAUGAGAAAAGUGGAGGAAAAAAGAACUGAGCUGAAUAAUGGGGCAAGUAUGGGAGAAGCAAUCCUUUCAGUUUGUCAUCCGGACUCCAUUACUACUAUUAAACACUGGAUAACCAUCAUAAGAGCAAGGUUUGAGGAGGUCUUAACCUGGGCAAAGCAGCAUCAGCAGAGGCUGGCUGUAGCAUUGGGAGAAUUGAUAGCCAAAAAGGAGUUGCUGGAAUCUCUUCUGAUAUGGUUACAGUGGGCAGAGGCUACACUCAAUGAAAAAGACAAGGAAGACAUCCCAGAGGAGAUAGAUGAAGUGAAAGCUCUGAUUGCAGAACAUCAGGCAUUUAUGGAAGAAAUGACUAGAAAACAGCCAGAUGUAGAUAAAGUCACAAAGACUUACAAGAGGAAAGCAGCUGAAUCUACAUCAGGGCAAUCUCAAAUCCCGAUCUUAGGCAAAGGAAGAACAGGCCGAAAGGGUUCACCGUCUCCUAACCUUUAUCCAUCUGGCACACAAGCUGCACUAGAAACAAAAAACCCAAGGGUCAAUUUACUAGUUAGCAAAUGGCAACAUGUGUGGCUUUUGGCACUAGAGAGAAGAAGAAAUCUGAAUGAUGCUUUGGAUAGGCUUGAAGAGCUCAAAGAGUUUGCCAACUUUGAUUUUGACAUAUGGCGAAAAAAAUAUAUGAGGUGGAUGAACCAUAAGAAAUCACGGGUAAUGGACUUCUUCCGUAGGAUAGACAAAGAUCAGGACGGGAAGAUAACGCGGCAGGAAUUUAUAGAAGGAAUUCUUUCUUCAAAAUUUCCUACCAGCCGCCUAGAGAUGAGCGCUGUGGCUGACAUCUUUGAUCGUGAUGGUGAUGGUUACAUUGACUAUUAUGAGUUUGUAGCAGCACUUCACCCGAACAAAGAUGCUUACAAACCUGUGACUGAUGCUGACAAAAUUGAAGACGAGGUGACUCGACAAGUGGCUAAAUGUAAGUGUGCCAAGCGAUUCCAAGUGGAGCAGAUUGGGGAAAACAAAUACAGGUUUUUCCUGGGAAAUCAGUUUGGUGACUCCCAGCAAUUACGUCUCGUCCGUAUUUUGCGGAGCACGGUGAUGGUUCGGGUUGGUGGCGGUUGGAUGGCACUGGACGAAUUUCUGGUGAAAAAUGAUCCAUGCAGAGCCAAAGGAAGGACAAAUGUAGAGCUGCGGGAAAAGUUCAUGUUACCGGAGGGAAUUAGUCAAAGCAUGACACCUUUCCGACCCAAGGGGCGCAGGUCUAGGCCAUCAUCAAGAGGGGCUUCACCAAACAGGUCCAACUCAAGCCCAAACAUCCAGGCUAGUCCAUCACAAGUUACCGCUACCAGCACACCCAAGACACCUCUCCAUAUAACACGCAAUUAUGGUAAACCUUGGUUGACAAACAGCAAAACAUCGACUCCUUGUAAGAGUCCUGAGCCCUGUGAGCACAGACUCUCAUCUGAAGAGGGAACUCCUAUUCAAGGAAGCAAGCUUAGGCUUCCAGGAUAUCUUUCAGGGAAAGGAUUUCACUCAGCAGAAGAAAGUAGCCUAUUAACUGCAGCAUCCACCAAAGUCAGGUCACAGUUUGCAGAUUAUCGAAAAACUCUUAGUCGAGCUGGUAGCAAGGCUGGGAGCAGGUCGAGUAGCCGACGGGGAAGUGAUGCAUCCGAUUUUGACAUCUCUGAAAUUCAGUCUGUGUGUUCUGACAUGUAUGAGACUGUUCAUAAUAGCAGGCCCUCUCCACGAGCAAGUUCACGGCUUUCAACGGGCACACCUUCCAAAAUUCCUACUCCUCAGCGGAGGUCACCCUUGAGCAAGCUAGCAACAACAAAGUCAACAAAAAGAUAGGGUAAUAAACUCUGGAGAAAGUCUUUCAUUGUGCAUUGCCUAUUUAAGUUUGUAAGAUGUAAAAUAUUAUGUAGAUUAUUGUGGAUAAUGCAAGAAUUUGAUUUUAACCCUGCAGAUGGCCUUAAAUGUGUGUUUUGUCUUCGUCUUUGUUUUUUUACACAUAUUUUUAUUGAAAUUUGUGUUAUAGUUUGGAAAUGCUUGAGGGACAGUAAAUUAAACUAACAGACACAGUUGCGUGAGGAAAACAAACUAAUCGGUUGCUGAAUGUAUUUAUAACUGCAUUUCGGAAGGAACUUCAAUAUGCCAAACACUGCUUCAUUAGAUACAAAUUAAGAAUACCUCAUAACUAUUUAUAAUAGUGCAAAAUGUUUAACAUACCAAGCUUAAAAACACUACACAGUCUCCAUUCACUUGAACAUAAGGACACCCUCUGCAUUUAUUGACGCAGUUUACUUUUAGAGAACUCACAGAAGAUUAUUUAAUCACUUGCCAGAAAUUAUAUUUUUGUUUUUUAUUUUAUCUUAACUUAUGUCUGUGAGAUUCGGUCUUAAUAGAACUAUUACACUGUUGAAAUAAUAGUAUUUGGUGCAUAUGUGCGGUUUUCCUUCGCUUGAGUGGAUGGUUAAAUGAUAUCAAACAUUUUUUUAUCCAAUCAGUUUUGCUUGCAGAAUCUAUGAAAUAAAACCUGUCCAAAUCA